AUGCCCACCUCCCAGGAAGCACCAGCCAGCAACUACUACAUAAAGGCCCGGACGAUCCGCUGCUUCCACGACGAGCGGGGGCCACUAAAUCUGGAGGUUGGCUCAGCGCUCGGAACAACCGACGAAGCGUCGUGGAUCAGGUGCACCAGGGAGCAGGUCAACGACCAGCGGGGCGGGGAAGAGGUGGCGGUGAGGAGGUUGAAGGCUGUGUUGGCGCAGAUUAGGGGUGCGUGA